GGCUAUCAAUUAUUCACGGACAGGGCUUUUAAUCUCCACAGACGUGCUGGCUGUUUAAUAUCCCGUGUUUCUUUAUAUGUGAGCGCGGACGCGCUGCGAGGCGACUCUUUUCUCACUGUACGCAGGAUGUUUCUAUUUCUAAGGUUUAAAAGAUCACGCCUCCCUCGUCGACACGCAAAAAUGAAAAACACACAUCGGCUUGUACCUUUAAAAACUAAGUUUGUCUUGUAUACUGGAAUGAGGUCAGACCCAAAGCUCCUCAUUGCACGCGCUGAUUAUUAUUAGAUUCCUUUUUGCUCCAAUGAAAAGAGAGUGGGCGUGUUCUUGGCUCGGAGAAGGGUAGAGACAGCCGCCGAUUGGCCGGCCGCCGUCGCUAUUAUACCAUUGGAAACGGAUAAAGCCGCAUGAGGCAGAGAAUAGAAGUGUGUUGAAACUUACAGCCCGCUUUUAAAAGACGGACACUCGUGCUAGCAUUGCGUCCCGGUUUUCCCGCACGGUUUGAAGGGGGAAGGAUAUGCAGAAGGAGUCAGAUAUCUUUCGAAACUCGAACAGAGCUUUGCUGCGUCGCAGCGCACACACUAACCCCGAGCCCGGCUGCGCGCGUGCACAAACUUUCCGCGGCUCGCCGACUGUUACAGCAUUAAUACUGGAUGCACGGGCACGGUUUCAGCUCCGUGAACCGUAUGAUAAAGCCCCGAAACAGAACUUUAGACACACGCCAAGCCACCGCACUGAGCACGACUGAAAGCGCGCGUGCGGUGCACCAGCUCUCCUCAGGACUAUUAUCAGACUGAGUUUUCUUUGGCGACGCGUCGGACUCGAGAGAGCACGCUCGCUGUAGCGAUGGUCCAGAAAAGCAGCAGCACGGAAAACCCCGACGCGCUGUUCGCCGGGGACUCGUCCGAUUCCGGCGCGCUGGAUCUGGACGCGGCUUCCUCGCCGACCCCCGGCUCCACGGAGCCCGGCGCGGACAAGCUCGACCCCGGCUGGUGCAAAACCCCCAGCGGCCACAUCAAGAGACCGAUGAACGCGUUCAUGGUGUGGUCGCAAAUCGAGAGGCGCAAGAUCAUGGAGCAGUCGCCGGAUAUGCACAACGCGGAGAUCUCCAAGAGACUCGGCAAGCGCUGGAAGCUCCUCAAAGACAGCGACAAGAUCCCCUUCAUCCGAGAGGCGGAGCGGCUGCGGCUCAAGCACAUGGCAGACUACCCCGACUACAAGUACCGGCCGAGAAAGAAGGUGAAGUCGAGCGGCUCCAAGCCGAGCGAGAAGGGAGAGAAGAUCAGCGGGAGCAGCGGCUCCAAACCGGCGAAGAAGAGCGGCGGCUCCAGAUCCGCAGGCAAGCCGCACAAGAUAGUCCUGUCCGGCGCCAAGAGCGCGUUCCCCGCGGACCACCACUCUCUCUACAAGUCCAAGUCCGCGCCGGCUUCCAAGCAGAUCCCUGACAAGAAGGCCAAGCGGGUGUACGUCUUCGGAGGCGGCAGCGGCGUAAGCGCGUCCUCGGCAGCCGUGCCCGGGAGCCCGACGCUGAGCAGCUCCGCCGAGUCCAGCGACCCGCUGAGUCUGUACGAGGACGGCGCGAGCAGCGGCAAAGAGGGCGCCGACUCCCCCAGCGGCGCGUCCCCGGACCGCCACCGAUACACCGGCAUGCGCGCGUCUUCGCCCGCUCCGUCCGCGUCGCACUCCUCCUCCUCCUCUUCGUCGCAGUUCUCGUCUUCCUCCGACGAGGAGCUCGACGACGACGCGCUGGACGUCAACCCGAGCCCGGGCUUUGACAGCAUGUCCCUGGGAAGCAUCGGCUCGUCGGUGCUGGACAGAGACUUCGACAUGCACUUCGAGUCCGGCGCUUCUCACUUCGAGUUCCCCGACUACUGCACUCCGGAGGUGAGCGAGAUGAUUUCUGGGGACUGGCUGGAGUCCACCAUUUCCAACUUGGUGUUCACGGCUCACGUGCUGAACUAGAGGAGGAACGCCGGACACAGGGGAUAGCAGACAAGUGCGUUUGUUUGUAAAAUAAGCCUCCGCGUAAAGGCUCCGGAAGCCGCGGCGCUUUGGCGAGACGCGGGCGGGACGGAAAAGCGAAGCCGCGCGUCAGACGCUUUGUCGCGGCAGGGCCGGAGUCCUUUCCCCGCGCUCGGAGCGAGAGGAAGAACUUCACCGGGAGUGCUUGAGAAAACGCGUUCGCAACUGGAAAACUGUGAUUGAUUUGCACGUACACGAGGGCGUCCGUUUUAAUCGUUUUUACUUCAAAAGAGACCUUUAUGAACUUGAACCUUUCGCCUCGUGGACUCGAGGCUCUGCUUUCGGCGCGGAGGAUUUCUGGACGAAAGGCGAGCCGAUUUUUACAUAAAGAAAAAGGAGAAAAAAAAGACCGCAUGUUAUCUGUCCUCUCUUGUAAGAUUUCUGUAAGACUGUGCUUAGGAUCAGUUAAUGGAUAGAUGGCGCUAUGUUUGAUUUCCUCCUCGCAGGAAAAAAAAAAUCACCAGCUGUUUUCAUUCUUAAC